GACUUCCGUAAUCAGCUAUCAUUUAUGGAUGAGACUGACGUCGCUUAGCCGCCAUGAACCUGAAAAUCGAUUCCUGGUCUACAGUGCCUUUGCCUGGAUCCCUGCUGCCUUAUUUACUGGAAUCAUCUUUGUGGUAAACAAAGUCUGGGAGAAUGAUCCCCAUCACUGGAAUUGGAUGCCCAUAGUUGGUUUCAGUGCCUGUGUGUUGGUUGGUAUGUUUCGAAGGGAAUGUUUUUAUGAGAAGUUUCUAAUUAACUUUCUUUUAAAGGUUCUCAAUGGACUGAAAGGAUCUUCUUCCUGGAUCAUGUUCAUUCUGACAAUAAGACACAUUCAGAAAGUUAAAAAGGAGGUCAAGUAUUUUGAGAAACGCCAGGAUGGGACCUCAUCCUGUCUAGAAUUCGACGGAGAGACGUAAGUCCGUUUUACUUUUACAGUUUGCCAAGAAUAAUAAAUCUGAAAUUCUAUAGUUACUUUCUCUUCCUGCGCCUCUCCGUCAUAAUGGGCUUGUC